CCCAGGGGAGGAGAGGCGUCUGCGGGGGGCAGAGACCGCAGCUACCUGCCGGGUGCGCCCCCCGCCCCGGGCACGCAGGCGUUCGUCCCCCCUUUCUCUCCCUCUCCCACCUCCUCAUUGGUGCUGGUUUGCAGCGCUCGGCUCCUGCGCCUUCGCUUCGCGUUUGAAUCUGGCUCGCCCCUCCGUAUUAUGUCUGCACUCCGAAGGAAAUUUGGGGACGAUUACCAGGUAGUGACCACCUCGUCCAGCGGCUCGGGCUUGCAGCCCCAGGGGCCGGGCCAGGGCCCGCAGCAGCAGCUUGUGCCCAAGAAGAAGCGACAGCGGUUCGUGGACAAGAACGGCCGGUGCAAUGUCCAGCACGGCAACCUGGGCAGUGAGACGAGCCGCUACCUCUCGGACCUCUUCACCACCCUGGUGGACCUCAAGUGGCGCUGGAACCUCUUCAUCUUCAUUCUCACCUACACCGUGGCCUGGCUCUUCAUGGCGUCCAUGUGGUGGGUGAUUGCCUACACUCGGGGCGACCUGAACAAAGCCCACGUCGGCAACUACACGCCCUGCGUGGCCAACGUCUAUAACUUCCCUUCGGCCUUCCUCUUCUUCAUCGAGACCGAGGCCACCAUCGGCUAUGGCUACCGCUACAUCACCGACAAGUGCCCCGAGGGCAUCAUCCUCUUCCUCUUCCAGUCCAUUCUCGGCUCCAUCGUGGACGCCUUCCUCAUAGGCUGCAUGUUCAUCAAGAUGUCCCAGCCCAAGAAGCGCGCGGAGACCCUGAUGUUUAGCGAGCACGCGGUGAUCUCUAUGAGGGACGGAAAACUCACGCUCAUGUUCCGAGUGGGCAACCUGCGCAACAGCCAUAUGGUCUCCGCGCAGAUCCGCUGUAAGCUGCUCAAAUCUCGGCAGACACCUGAGGGUGAGUUCCUUCCCCUUGAUCAACUUGAACUGGAUGUAGGUUUUAGUACAGGGGCAGAUCAACUUUUUCUUGUUUCCCCCCUCACGAUUUGCCACGUGAUUGAUGCCAAAAGCCCCUUUUAUGACCUAUCCCAGCGAAGCAUGCAAAGUGAACAGUUCGAGAUUGUCGUCAUCCUAGAAGGCAUUGUGGAAACAACUGGGAUGACUUGUCAAGCUCGAACAUCAUACACUGAAGAUGAAGUUCUUUGGGGCCACCGUUUUUUCCCUGUAAUUUCCUUAGAAGAAGGAUUCUUUAAAGUUGAUUACUCCCAGUUCCAUGCAACAUUUGAAGUCCCCACGCCACCUUACAGUGUGAAAGAACAGGAGGAAAUGCUUCUUAUGUCGUCCCCUUUAAUAGCACCAGCCAUAACUAACAGCAAAGAAAGACAUAAUUCUGUGGAAUGCUUAGAUGGACUAGAUGACAUUAGUACCAAACUUCCAUCUAAGCUGCAGAAAAUUACUGGAAGAGAAGACUUUCCCAAAAAACUCUUGAGAAUGAGUUCUACAACUUCUGAAAAAGCCUACAGCUUGGGUGAUUUGCCCAUGAAACUUCAACGAAUAAGUUCAGUACCUGGCAACUCAGAAGAAAAACUGGUAUCUAAAACCACCAAAAUGUUGUCUGAUCCCAUGAGCCAGUCGGUGGCUGAUUUGCCACCAAAGCUUCAAAAGAUGGCCGGAGGAGCAGCCAGGAUGGAAGGGAAUCUUCCGGCAAAACUAAGAAAAAUGAACUCUGAUAGAUUCACAUAACCAAACACCCCUUCAGGCAUUAUUUACUGUUUGAUUUGGUAAUAGUCCAAUAUUUGGCUGAUGAGGUAAUCCUCUUUAAGGAAUCUGAAAGGUACAGUUUUUCCCCCAGUCAUAUAUACAUAUUUGAGAACCCUUCCUUUUCAGGUAUUGCUAAUGUGCAAGAGGAAAAGUUGUAAAGGGAAGACAUCAGAAGGAAGUUCUUAUUAACGGGCAUGUAUUAUCACAUCAAGCAUGCAAUAAUGUGCAAAUUUUACAUUUAGUUUUAUGGCAUGAUUUAUAUAUGGUAUAUUUAUAUUGUAUAUUAUGGAAAAUGUAUAUAUAUAUAUUUAAAGGGGUAGUACCCUGCACAACAUUUCUAACAUACUUAUUAAGCCAAACAUGAAUUGAUAGCUUUCAGGGUGAUAAAACUAUAUAUAUAUAUGUGUGUGUGUGUGUACACAUAGUUUUAUAUAUACACACACAUAUAUGUACAUAUAUAUACAUAUACACACACACGUACAUACAUAUAUCUGAUAAAAUUGUGAUGUUUUGUUCAAAGUUGUAGUUCUUGUGCAUGUUUACUUUAUUAGGCUAGGAAGGCUUCUGGCAUUAAUUAUUAAUACCAAAUAUUUUAGCCUUAAAUUAUUUGUCAUUUUAAAAUCUGAUUUAACGUUUUCUGCUGUUUAAGGUCCUGGAAGGUUUUCAAUUGUUCUUUAUAUGAGGGAGUCACACAAGUCUGUGCUACUUAUGGCCCUGCAAAAAUAAAACCAUUAUAUGUUUAACUUGUAAAUUUUGAAGCAUACUAAUACGCUGACAAUUUCUUAUGAUUUUUAAAAGUUGCUAGUACUGGGAAAAAAUAAAUAUUGCCAUUUUGAGAGUUGGUCCUUUCCUGGACUGAUUAAAGUCUGGAAAUCUUUUACAUAUGAUCUAAUACAACUAUGAGCUCUGAACAAAUGUUGAAUCACUGUAAUAGUCAGUAGCGACGUUAUAUUGAAUAUAUUGGAAUCUGUGUGAAAUUACAUAAUUAAUGGUCCCUGUUUCAAACUGAGUCAAUUGGUAACAUUUUCACUCUUUUUCUCAAACUUUUGUCAUUUUAAAAACCAGUAAUUUAUCUUUGAGGAGAUAAAACAAUACAAUGAAACAGAUGAUAGGUAUUUAUGUGUAAAAUA